CAUUCAUUCAUUCAUUCAUUGAUUUCAGUAAAGGACACGGCCUUUCCGGCCCCAUGUGGUGCGAUGAGCUCUGUGACAAAAACCAGUGCUUCUUCACUCGAACAACUCGCUUUACUCUGAAGAAGCUAGCGACCGACGAGCAAGCACAAGCAGUCGUUCUCCUCGAUGAAUGCCCGCCCAGAAUCGCAAGCUGAAGCUGGCUUUUGAGAUCGCCCGUCACUGAGCUACUCACUGCAACCAGAGCUUCGAUCUUCAUGCUAGCUAGUUGGAAGCUGAGAAUGAUCGAUUUCUCUCUCUCUCUCCUUUCGUCCCUGUUUUUCAUCUUUUGAUGCUCUAACCCGGGUGGGUGGUUGAUCUCGGAAUGGAAUAUCCUUCGAUCUUGGCUUCAUCACCGGAGUGGUCCUUGGUUUGGUUUUGGAAGGGAGCCGAAAUUUAUGAGCGUUUUUAAUGUUCCUCCAUAUGAUUCUGCCUUAAUCUGAGCGACAUUUGUCAGACCGGUUAGGGUUUGGCGAGCAGUUCGCUGCCAUGGUGUAGUGCUGAAGAAGAAGAAGAAGGAGGAGAAGAAGAAGAAGAAGAAUAAGAAGAAGAAGAGAUGAGAGCUCUGGGCUGUUUGGGCAUUGCCUUGAGCCUUCUGUCGGGUUGCAUUUUGUUGGCCAUCGUGGCGGAGCUGUACUACUUCUUUUGGUGGAAGAAGAGAGUGGCGGAGAGGGACUCGGAGGUGGAUGCCCACGCCAGCCCGGUCAGGGAUCUCCUGCAGCUAUUUAAUUGGAAGAAACCAUGUCCGCCGCCGGCGGACGGCGGCGCGCCUCGCUCCGAGGACUUGCUCCUGAAGCUUUCAGAGGAAGAGGACGACGCCGCGGAGGAGGAGGAGGAGGAGGAGCUGAUGAUGACUCUGGCGGCUCCUCAGAGAUCGCUCUUCACCAUCACGGAGGAGACGCAGGAAGAUCUGGAGGCGGCGGGAGGCAGCCGCAGAGUGAGGAAAAGCAGGGCCGGCUCCAAUGGCAUGAGCUUGAGGGAUUGGCUUCAGUCAGCAGAAAGUCCAGUCCUGACGCCUCUCUCCUCGCCUCCUUUCUUCUCUCCGCCGACGGGAUGCUACAAUCUGAACGGCGUCAAUCCACUGUUUGAACCCUCCUGGGAAGACGACUCCGGCUGGCUGUGGCCGUCCCCGCCUCCGAAGCUGAAGUUCCUCAUGGCGGCCGAGGCAAAGCUGCACAAGAAGACGCUGAUGGAAGAAGCAGUCAAGGGAGCACAGUAAUCCAUUACGACCUUUCCUUGGAAGACAGCAAACGCCAUUAUCUUCCUUGAAUUAUUAGACAGAUGCUGUAGAUGGGAACAAUAUUAGAUCAUACACCAAUUCAUCUUCUUGCAUCAGUUCAUGUUGUUGCUCUUCUUAGAAAGAAAGAUAGAAAGAAAGAAAGAAAGAAGGGCGUGCAGUCAGUCGUCUUGAGGAUUGGAUUUCCAAACACAGUCUUCUUCUUCUUCUUCUUGGAAGCAUGUUUAAGGUCUUGUCAUUUAGGGAUUGACAGAGGCAACAUGUUUAAGGUUGGAAGCAUGUUUCUGUACUUGCAGCUUAGUGUGCCUGUAGACAGCGCUCAGGGUUUGUUCAAGGCAAAAUCCAUUCAUAAUAAUUUCUAAAA